AUGUAUUUAGAGUUUGAUGAUUAAAUGGACUAUUUUAAAAUUCCUGGUCCUCAAGCAUAUAAUAUUUUGAGUUAUUCAAAACACUCCACCCCAAGUUAUAAGUACUUAGGAUAUUUUAAAUCAAGAUUUGGAAAAGAAGAAAAAUUUUAUGUUUUAAAGAAUCUCAUAACUCCAUCUCCAGGUAAAUAUGUUUUUCCAUCUAAUUUCAAUUAAGAGAAUAAUAAGGGAAUGAGGUAUUUUAAUUUUUAAGAUGAGGUUUGGAAAAGAUAAGAAAAAUAAGUAAACUUUUUCAACUGUUCCUGGAGUUGGAUCAUAUAAUUUAUUUGUUGAUCUUAAAAAUAGAAAUGGUAUUAUUUUUGGGAGGAAACUACAAAAAAUACCUUAAAAAAUGCAGAAAAAUGGAAAAUCUAAUUCAGUUUUUGUUUAUUACCCUUUUACAAAUUAUUAUCAAAUGGGAAAAUGGAUUGAGUAAAUUAUGAAAAUUUUAAUCAUUUAUUAGAAAUGAUUAAGAUGAUGGAGAUAGUUUUAGAAAGCUAGAGCUAUAUUAAUAAUAAUUUCUUUCAAAAGAUUUAUUAGAAAAGAAAAGUGGAAUUUGGAUUGAAUUUAAAAAAAUGUAUUUAAAUCCAUAAAUUUUUUAGAGAUUAGUGUGAAGUUAUGUUUAAAGGUGAAUAUUAAAAAGGUAAUAGAAUUGGUAGAUGGAGAUACUAUUGGAAGAAAAAUGUCAAUUAGCCUUUCGAACUGAUGUAAAAUAAAAAUUUUGUAUAAAAAUCAAUAGUUUUGGCGGAUAGUAUGAUGGAGAAUAAAAUUCAAAAAAUGGAAAGUGGGUUGAAUUAAGCGAUGAUUUCAUUCAGUAUUUUCUUAUAAAUAUACUUGUUUAGUAAUAUAACUUUUUUUGGUGAAUAUAAGAAUGGGAAAAAAAUUGGUAGAUGGGACAUUUGUUAUCACGGAGAAAAGAUGUAUUCUAAGAUUAUUAUUUAUUUUAAUUAGUGGAGGUGGAUAAUAUGAUUAAGAGCGAAAUUAAAAAAAUGGAUAAUGGAUUGAACUAUGUGAUAAAUUUAAUGAGUAUUCUAUUUUUAUUUUUUAAUUUUAAGGCAAAAUUAAGUUACUUUUAGGGGAGAGUAUAAAAAUGAUCAAAAAAUUGGUAGAUGGGAUGUAUAUUAUUUUGGAGAAUAAAUGUAAUUUUUAAAAUCUUAUUAAUAUAUCUUCAAACUAGUGCUGGGGGAGAAUAUGAUUCAGAACAAAAUUUAAAAGAUGGAAAUUGGAUAGAAUUGUGGGAUGUAUUUAAUGAGUAUUUAGUAUUUUGUUAUUCUAUAGAGAAUGUUAAGUCACUUUUAGAGGUGAGUAUAAAAAAGAUAAAAAGAUUGGUAGAUGGGAUAUUUAUUAUUUUACAGAAUAAAUGUAAUUUUAAAUUUUACAAUAAAUCUUCAAACUAGUGCUGGUGGAGAAUAUGAUCAAGAAAAUAUUAAAAAUGGAAAAUGGAUUGAACUGAUUAACGUAUUGAAGAAGUAUUUAAUAAUGAUUAAUAUUAUUUAGUCAAUACUAAGUCACUUUUAUAGGUGAGUAUAAAAAUGGUAAAAAGAUUGGAUAAUGGGAUAUUUACCAUUUUAAAUAACAAAUGUAAUUUUUAUAUUUUAAUGAUUAUGUAAAACUAUUGAUGUAGUGGAGGAGGAUUCUAUGACGUAGAGCAAUCUUAUAAAAAAGGAAAAUGGAUUGAAUUAAGUGAUAGGUUUAAUGAGUAUUUAUUUUUUUUUUAAUUUUUAGUUAAUGCUAAAUAACUUUUAGUGGUUAAUAUAAAAAGGAUAAAAAGAUAGGUAUUUGGGAUACUUUUUAUUUUGGAGAAAAACUGUAAUUUCCAAAUUUUAUUAAUAAUUCUUCAAAAUAGUGGUGGUGGAUCAUAUGAUGAUGAACAAUCUUAUAAAAAAGGGAAGUGGAUUGAAUUAAGCGAUAGGUUUAAUGAGUAUUUGUUUUUAUUAUUUAGUUAAACCUAAAUCAUUAUGAAGGGUGAAUAUCAUUCUGGAUAAAAAAUGGAUAGAUGGGAUAUUUACUUGAGGGACCCUUAUGAUAAUGAAAAGUUUGAAUUAAUGUACUUUUAUUAAUUUAUUAAUGAACUCAUAUAAUUUAGAGGUGGGGGAUAAUAUGUUGAUGGAUCGCAGAAAAUUGGAAAUUGGAUUGAUUUGGGUGAUGGAUUUUGUUAGUAUUUUUAUUUAUGAAAUUCUAGUUCAAAUUAAGUAACUUAUCAUGGUUAAUAUAAAAAUGGAUAAAAAAUAUUAAGAUGGGAAAUUUAUUUCAGAAGUUUUACAAAUUAAAAAUUUCAAAAGAUGUUAAUUUAUAAUAUUAUUUAUAUUCUAUAUUGUAUAGUGGUGGUGGAGAAUAUAGUGAGGAAUUAAAAAAUUAAAAACAUGGAAAUUGGGUUGAGCUAAUUGAGCAAAUUGAUGGUUUUUAUAAGUAAUUUUUUUAGUUUAAAUAAUUAGUAUGAGUUAAGUAACCUUUAGUGGUGAAUAUAAAAUUGGUAAUAAAGUUGGUAUAUGGAAUUUUAAUUGGAGGGAGAGAGAGAAUAGCCGAUUUGAGCGAAUGUAACUAUAUAUAUUAUUAGAAAUAAGUGGUGGUGGAUAUUAUGACGAGGAAUUGUAAAAUUUGAAAAAAGGAAAAUGGAUUGAGUUGACUGAUAGGUUUUAUGAGUAUAUGUUUGUCAAUUAAUUUAAGUAUGAACAAAGUAACACAUGAAGGCGAAUAUAAAAAUGGAAAAAAAAUUGGUAGAUGGGACAUUUUUUAUUAAAAUAAAUCAAUGUAAGAUUCAUAUAUAAAUUUUAAAUUAAAAUUUUUGAAAAAUUCUAAAUAGAGGGGGAGGAUCAUAUUAUAAUAUAUAAGGUUUUAAUGGAGUAGUUGUUUCGAUUAAGAAUGGAAAGUGGGUUGAGUUGUUAGAUCAGUUUAAUUGGUAUUUAAUAUUUUAAUUAAACUAGUAAUAGGUAAGUCACUUUAAUUGGUGAAUAUUAAAAUGGGAAAAAAAUUGGUAGGUGGGAUAUUGUUUUUGGAUAAAAAUAAUUAAUGUAACAAUAAUGAUCAUUAAUUAGUGGUGGAGGAUCAUAUGAACAAAAUCAAGAUUUUAAUAUUUUUGCAAGAUCAAUUAAGACCGGAAUAUGGAUUGAAUUGAGUGAUGACUUUUAUAAGUACCUAAAUGGUUUAAAAACUAUUAGCAAUAGUUAAGUUACUUUUCAGGGUGAGUAUCAAAAAGGCAAAAAGGUUGGUAAAUGGGACAUAAAUUUGAAUUAAAAUGGAGUGAUAUAAUAGAUGUAAGAAUAGAAAGAUAUAUAUUUUAUUUUCUAUUGGAUGUUCAAAAAAAUAAAAAUAGUGGAGGAGGAUUAUAUGAUGACAAGCAAAAAGUUGAUGGUGUUGUAGGUUCCAUUAAAAUUGGAAGGUGGAGUGAGUUGUGUAAAAAUUUUGGAAGAGCUUGUGAUGAAUAAUCAAUAAUUUAUAUUGGAGAAUAUUAAAAUGGUAAAAAAGUUGGUAAAUGGAAGGAGAUGGAUUUUUACGAAAAUUAAUUUGUGUAAAUAUUAUCACUAAUAAUUUAGAAAAGAGAUUAAUUAUGAUUUUUGA